AUGGAGUCAAUCCUACUACAAGAAGAACCAUUGAUGUGGCGAGUAGGUGGUUUAUUGAUGAGAAAAAUAGUUGAUGCCGUGUAUGAUCACCUCGAGGAAAUGGCAACUAAUAAUUCUCUAUGGACAACGGAGAGGACCAGGACACCGGUGAAAGAACAAAAGAGGGUUCUUUCCCUCGAUCCGAUGACAGACAUUGCAAGUGAAAGUGAUUAA